UUUGCGGGAGACCGUAGCUGGACGGUGCGAGUGGGCGUGGGAGAAAGGGGCGAGGUUGAGUGACGGUCCAAGGGGCCCUGAACCUUGCAGAUGUGGUCGCAGCUCUGCUGACCCGAGCCGCGCCACGCCAGGAAACCAGGAUGGAGAGUAGGUGCUACGGCUGCGCUGUCAAGUUCACCUUUUUCAAGAAGGAGAAUGGCUGUAAGAACUGUGGCCGGGCCUACUGUUCUGGCUGCCUUAGCUUCAGUGCAGUGGUGCCCCAGGCUGGGAACAGCCAACAGAAAGUCUGCAAACAAUGCCAUGAGGUCCUGACCAGAGGAUCUUCUGCCAAUGCCUCCAAGUGGUCACCACCUCAGAACUAUAAGAAGCGUGUGGCAGCCUUGGAAGCCAAGCAGAAGCCCAACGCUCCCCAGAGGCAGGGACUGACCAAGCAAGACCAACUCAUCGCUGAGCGCCUAGCACGGCUCCGCCAGGAAAAGAAACCCAAGUCAGUGCCCUCACAGGCAGAGAUAGAAGCCAGGCUGGCUGCGCUCAGAGAUGAACCCCAGGGUUCCAUCCCUUCCACCCAGGAGAUGGAGGCACGGCUUGCUGCACUGCAGGGCAGAGUUCCGCCUUCUCGCACCUCCCAGCCGGUGCAUCAAACACCAGAUAUCAGGACCCAGGCCCAGCAAGCACAGGAUCUGCUGACACGGCUGACCGCAGAGGUGGCUAUUGAUGAGAGCUGGGAGCGAGGAGGCCAAGGUACGUCCAUCCAGAAUGACCUCAACCAAGGCGGACCAGGGGGCCAGAGCACUGAUUCCAAGGGGCAGGCCACCUGCUCCCUGGAUGGGGAGAAGAGCAGGCUGCUGGCAGAAGCAGCGGCCAAGCUGCAGGAGGAGAACUCGAGGCAGGAGCAGAUCCUGGCCCUUGCCAAACGCCUGGCUGUGCUGCAGGGACAGGACCCUGACAGAGUGACCCUCCAAGACUAUCGUCUCCCAGACAGUGAUGACAGUGAGGAUGAGGAGAAAGCUAUCCAGAGAGUCCUGCAACAGCUCACUGAAGAAGCUGCCCUGGACGAGGCAAGCGGCUUUAACAUCCCUGCAGAGCCAGUUCUCCAAGCCCAGGCCAAGGCCUGCAGGGCAGAGCCUGAGGCACAGGCCACGGCCCUCAGGCCUACAGCUGAGGAAGAGGAGCUCCCCUGGUGCUGCAUCUGCAAUGAAGACGCCACCCUGCGCUGCGCUGGCUGCGAUGGAGACCUCUACUGUGUCCGCUGCUUCCGGGAAGGCCAUGAUGCCUUUGAACUUAAAGAGCACCAGACAUCUGCUUACCGCCCCCCACAUGCAGGCCAAGUGCACUGAGGAAACCCUGGUCCUCCAGGAAAGGCAGUCACACAGGCUGUGACAGCCACCUCUGGGCCCAGCCUCAGGGUGUCUGCUGGGAGAGCAUGUUGGGCUAGACUGCUCAGGGGUGCACCCUGUCCUGAGCCUCGGUGUCCCUGGAAAGAGGAAAGACUUUCCAUCAGAGAUGCUGAAUGGGGGAGCCAGAGGGAGGCAGACGGCGGGAGCCCUCUACCAGCAGAGCUCGGACUGGAAAGACCAAACUGAAUCUGAGGAUGAGCCUUGAAACCUGCUCAAGUGCCCUAGCACUUAGUGUAUCAAAUAAAGUAUGUUCACUCUUUGGA